CGUCAUGUAAAAUUAUUAUGAUAGUUUUUGAGCGGUAAAGCUUCGAAAAGAAGCAUGGUGAAUUUUCACUGCAUAGCGGAGGGUUGCUCCAACGAUUCACGAAAGAAACAUAAUGCUGUAAAGUAUCCUGAUAUGAUUUUAAAUGGAUGUAUCGUCGACUUUCAUGUACUUCCUUCAGUCAUAAAGAAUCCUAAACUAAGGAAGCUCUGGUUGUCUCAGAUAAGAAGGGAAGGGUUUAAUCCCGAUCCAAAUUGUCACUGGCAUGCACUUUGCUCCCGUCAUUUUAUUGAAGGAAGACCUACGAAGGAAAAUGCAGUCCCAACCCUAUUUGCCUACAACAACUACAAAACUGGAACACCAAGAGACACCAAGAACAGUACUUUACGUCCCAUUGAACAAUUGAUAUUGACAACACAACCAGCAAACAUUGUUACAGUUUCACAACUGCCAAAAGUACCAAGACAAAAGAAUAACAUAUCAGAUAUUCCAUAUAUAUAUAUAUAUAUAUAUAAACAAAAAUGUCAAAGAUAUGAGACAGAUAAUAACCAGCUACAGAAGCAAGUUAAAUUGCUACACGUUGAACUUCAUGCUACCAAAGAGGAAAAUAAAGUUUUAAAUGAGAAGUUUAAUAAUACAGAUGAACUGCUUAAGGACAAACUUGUUGAAAAGUUGACUAAAUCAAAUAGUAAUGUUAAAUGUUUUCUUGGACUGCCAAGUAUUUCAAUGCUUUUUGGAAUUUUUAAAUUAUUAGAAGGACAUGCUUCAAAAAUGAAAUACUGGAUGGGUCCCGACUCAAGUGACGGUAAAAGAUGGCAAGUAAAUAAUAAGAAAAAACCUGGUGCUUCAAGGAAGUUAACUUUUUUUGAAGAGUUUGUUAUAACUCUUUUGAGAUUGAGGCUAGGACUAAACACAUAUGUGCUGUCUCUUUUGUUUGGUGUUUCACAGUCAACAAUUAGCAGGGUUUUCACGACUUGGAUAUCUUUAAUGGCACAAUGUUUAGGACCACUUAUUAAAUGGCCAUCUAAAGAAAAGAUUAAAAAACACAUGCCUCUAUCAUUUCGUAGAAAAUAUCCUAACACUCGUGUAAUCAUCGAUGCUACUGAAUUUUAUGUGCAGAGACCAAGAAACCCAACAGCACAGUCAAAAACGUGGUCAAAUUACAAGUCAAAGAACACUUUUAAAACGCUUGUAGGUAUAACACCAAAUGGAGCUUUUUCGUUUAUAUCUGACUUAUGGACUGGUAACAUUUCUGAUAGGAGCAUUACUGAAAGAAGUGGAUUCAUUGAUCUGAUUGAAAAGGGGGAUCAUGUAAUGGCUGACAGAGGUUUUUUAAUCAAAGACUUAUUAUUAUCAAAAGGUGCCACCUUGAAUAUGCCACCAUUUACCAGACCAUGUAAACAUGGAAAAGGACGAUGUCUUACGGCAAAGGAGAUUCAGGAAUCAAAAUCCAUAGCCUCUUUGAGAAUACAUGUAGAAAGAUCAAUCCAGAGACUUAAAUCUUAUAAAUUCUUAAGUGGUGUUAUGCCAAUAAAUUCACUUUCUGUAGCUAAUCAGGCUCUUAAGGUUGCAGGAUAUUUUUGUAACCUGAUGAAACCAUUAGUUCAAAAGUUAUAA